UUCAGAGUCGGCGGGCGGAACAGCGGGUUCCCUAAUGUGAAACUUUGUACCGCCUCAAAGGAAGUCCCUUCUCCUCUGUGCUAUGUUCUCUGGGAAUAUGGCUCAUAUCUACCAGACAUCGACCCUCUCUCUAACUCUGCCAAUUUCGUGUCAGAUAUGUCUCGGAAAGGUCAAGCAGCCCGUCAUCUGCGCCAAUCACCACGUGUUCUGCUCGUGCUGCAUGGAGAUGUGGUUAAAGAAAGCCAACCAGUGUCCCACCUGCAGAGUACCCAUCACAGCCGAGAACCCGUGCAGGGAAAUAAUCGGAGGGACAAAUGAUGGCGAUUACAGCGAGAGCCCCUCUAUGAGGAAAUGUCUGAGGAAAACCAGAGGAGAACUGCUUCUACAAGAGUAUGAGGAAGAGAUUGAUGGACUCAUCAGAGAAAACGAGGAGCUGAAAUCAAAAAAUCAAAGUCUGGAAGACCAACUUAAGACUGCUUUGCUCCCGUGCAACCUCAACACAGAGCAGCCAGAUGACAAGAGAGUUUCGCUGUUUGUGGUGGAGGAAUGGAAAAACAAACUCCAAGCUGCCACAGAUGUUUGUGAUAAGAUAAAACAGGAUAUGGACAAGAUGAGAGAGGCAAAUAAGACUUUGCGAUCUCAAAAUGUUGACCUUGUGCAAGAGAAUAUGAGACUGAAAGCAGAGGUGGCAAGCAGAUCUCCUCAGAAGUUUGGCCGCUACACUGUGGCAGCCCUGGAAGCUAAGAUUCAGCAGUACGAGCGCGAUGUCGAUCACCUGAAACGCGCUCUUGAUCGCAGCGACCAGUACAUCGAGGAGCUGGAAUCUCGUGUCAGGAAGUCUGAGAACAGACAGCUUGAGACUCAAGAAGCUCUUGGGACUAACAAAGGCGCAACUGACGUUCUCCUGCAGCAACAAAAGUUCAGUAUGAUGAUGAGAAGCUUGAGCGACAACGAGAGAAGGUCCAUCUGCAGCAAUCCAGAAACGGAGUGUCGAACAUUUUCAAUGAAUCACAGUUUGGUGUUCCUGCCGUCAGCAGAUCACAAGGAGUUUUACAGAAAUGUGCCUGGAGAGCAGAAGAACGAGGACUCCGAAAGCAUUUCCUCUGACUUCUUGCCCAGCACUCCUUCCUCUGCUUUCCGCUCACUGACCUUGAGAAGCCCUGGCAUCCGUGAGAAGAAAGUUGCAUUUAAACCUGUCUCUCACCUGAGAAGGCUCGAUUUCGAAGAAUAUGCUAGCCAGGGGAAGGCUAGCGCAGCCUUGGAGAAAAAAAUCAACAGCCUGGAAAAGUUUCCUAAAGGUUUAUAUCAAACGGAAAUGGAAUCCUCCAAAUCUGCCUUCUGGGGCUCCUGGCAGCGAUCAAGUUUGCGGGACAUGUCACACCCAGGUCCAAAUAAAGAGAACUUAGCAAAGGGAGCUGCAUCUGCUACUCUUAUCAGAGAGGAGCCCGAUAGUUUACAAAUGUCCAGUGAGGCAUCUAUGGAUGCAGCUUACCUGGACAAAAUAUCAGAGUUGGACUCCAUGAUGCACGAUGGAGAGAGCUCGAGUAGCCGGGGAUCCCAGUUCUUGGCUUCCUCCCCUCAAAUAGACUUGGAUAACAUUCUUGUCCCAGAGCAGCAAACCUGCCCUGACACCUUUACUGACAAUAACGGCAAACCUGCGAUUCCAGAGGAGAAUAAGAACCACUGUACAGACACUAACAAGGAUAGUGAUUUGAAUGUCAGUGUUGCUCCAACAGGCUCUGACAAGAAAAGCUUUGCUGCUCAGGUGUCGGAUGGGAUGGAUGGUGCCCACGUUUCUGGCUCCGCAAAGCAUGCAGGGCCUUCCCUGACUGAAGAAAUGUCGUUUGACUUGUUGUUUGAUCCUCUGGAUGAGAUUAAGACUGCUCCCUCUGACUCCCUCAGUCCAGAAACCCAACACCAGGAUCAGGAUCAUGUGAACCCUUCAUUCUCCUCUGGCUGCACUAGUAGUAAGCCUGUGAACACAACAAGAGAGAGAAGUGCGCUGAACGGUUGCCAGCCAGUAAAGAGAAAGUCACACAGUCCCUUCAACACAAGCAGUCCCACCAAACUUUCAAAGCUCAUGUAAUGGCAUUGAAAGCAAAAUGCUCCAAUCUGCAUUACAUCCUUUGGCUGUAAUUUAUUACCGUUUUUUGUUGUGUAGUGUUAAAUGAAUUAAACUAGAACAACAUUGAGGUACUUUUUGUAAAGUGGGGUUGUAGGUCUCUUGGCAACUCGGUUAACCUAAAGCAUAUUUUCUGCUCGUAUCAGACUACCAACUCCAACAGUUGUGUACAGACGUGUCUUGUUUUGUGCUGGGACUUUUAUCAGACUUAUUUGCAGCCUACUUGUGUGUACUUUUCCACUAUUAACUAACUGAGAUCAUUGUUUAAUAACAACAAAAAAAAUUAAGAUUAUCUUGAAGCACUGAAAUGCUACAGAAAAAAAUUGUGUGUUAGGAAAUAAAGAAGUAAUGCAAAGCAAAAAACUGAAUGAAAACUGUGUAUGUUUCUGAAUUUCUGCUGCCUUGAGCACCUGCUGUGGCUCCUGUCAACAGUGAUUGUCCUCUGUUUUGUAGUGACGUUCCAGCAUUUUUUAUUUUUGUUAACCGCAUAUGGCUUAAAAUACCUUAAGCUGUCACAAUUAUUAAUACAUUGCUAUUAAAAAUGG